AUGCCAAGUUCAGAAAAUCCGUCGCCUUACGAAAAUUUAAUAAAAUUCUUACAAGAAAAUAUUAAAUUUUUGAACAGAGAAAAAAGAAGGUUGGAAAAACGCCUACAAAUCAACAAAGUCAAUGAAGCAGAUUUUAAACCAAAAUUUGAAGAAUUCCAAAACGUUAUAAAGGAUCGAAAAUCAAUUUUAGAUGAAAGUGGAAAGCCUUCACUUGAAGAGUUGACAUUUUUAGGGGUAGCCGAUGUUUCGCAGUUUAUAGUUUCAGGGCUCGAAAUACCAAUAUCUAAAAUUAUGGUAAAUACAAUUUUAACAAUCUGGGUACAAGGAGUAAGAGAAUCAAACGGAGAAUAUGAAAAAUGGAAAAAAUGUUCAAUUCCGUUAUUUUAUUAUACUACUAAA